AUGGCCAUUAUCGAUACCCUUCCCGCUGUCAGUGUUUCUGUUCGCCUCAAGAAAGCCUACCGAGACGCUGACGAAUACCCCGACCCUUAUCCGUACCAUGAGCAUGAGAGAUACAUGGACGACUUCGAGCAGUGUGCCCGCAACUACAUUGAGAGUAAGGAAGGUACCGAGUUCGCAGUUCAUGUCAAUGUCUUGGACGAUGCCACUAUUGAUCCUUGGAUCCAUCACGAUGAAGGCUUGGUUUUCCUUCUCUUCCUCGACGGCCACUUCAUGGGAAAGCGAUUCUGCUACGAUGAUGACUUCAAACAUGGAGGCUGGCACUUUGCCUUCAAAGGCAAGAGACAUCCCAACCAGGAUAGAACUGCCAUGGUUGAGAGUAACUUCAAGUUCCAGACGAUCACUGCAGUUGACCAAGACGCUACCGAUGGCGAAUGGAGGCGUGCCAAGGAUCUUGGUACAAUCGAGGUGCGCGUCAGACUUGCCAGAUUCGCUGGUGGUCCACGCCGCAACAGAUGGGUCAACUUGGAGAGACCGUUCCGCGAGCCGGAGUACAACAAGUGCGAGAUAUCCGAGGAAGCUAUCAAGGGCCGACCCAUCUACCAUGGCACUUCGUGUCUUCACCCCGCCGGUGAACAAGAGUCUGCGACCUACACAUUCAAGUAUCGCUCGCGAGAUGCGCUGAAGAUUGAGGAGAUCCUUCACCAGACCCCCAGCCCUGAGCCCGCCCCGGCGCCUUUCUUCCGUCAGAAACCGGCCUACUUGGGAAAUUCGAGCCUUCCUAGAUUCGAGGACCUUCAUGAAGAUGAGGUCGAGCGUCUUGCUCGAGAGAGACACCAACAGCUCCAAGAUGAGCAAGCGCAAUCUUCAGCUCAGAAGAACAAACGGAACUAUGACGACUUCUGUGAUUUUACGGAUGGCGCUGAUGAGCAGUUGGCCCGUCCUUACAAGAUCAUCAAGCUGGGAAAUGGCCAUGACGCUAUUGAUCUCACGGGCGGCUACUAG